ACAGAGAAGAAUAGGGUCGUUCAUUUUUCCAAACACAGAAAGAGACAUAUAUAGGGUUUGUCUCCCUCAUCUCUUCCUGCAAACCAAAAUUCACAAAUCCAGAAAAAUAAUUCAAUCGAUCAACAAUCUUCUCUCUCGCACUCUCUCACUUUCUCGCUUCGACUGCUCGGUAGAAGCGAACAACAAUGGCAGCGGAAGCUUCUAGAUCUGCUACUGGUUCCGCAGAUUCAUACCUCGGCAGUUUGAUUAGCUUAACUUCCAAGUCUGAAAUCCGGUACGAAGGCGUUCUAUUCAAUAUCAACACCGAUGAAGCUAGCAUCGGUCUUCGCAAUGUUCGAUCUUUUGGAACAGAAGGUCGUAGAAAGGAUGGUCAACAAAUUCCUGCAAAUGACAAAGUUUACGAAUAUAUAGUAUUUAGAGGAAGUGAUAUCAAGGAUUUGCAAGUCAAAUCUUCCCCGCCCGUGCAGACAGCUCCGCCUGUCCCCAAUGAUCCAGCUAUCAUACAGUCUCACUAUGCCGCUCCAACUGCGUCUUCAACUGUGCCUACUGCUUCUGUUCCCGCUGCUGCUGGAUUGUUGUCAGAUUUUAAUAACCAAAUGUCACAGCCUGGUGUUCCUAUAACUACUUAUCAGAACAGCGUCCCCAUGUAUCAACCUGGAGGGAAUUUGUCUCCAUGGAAUCCUUCAACUCCACCCACAUCAAAUGUCAGUGGUGUUUCUGUACCGACGUAUUGGCAAGGAUACUAUGGCCCUUCAGGUUCCCAACAGAUGCAGCAACAGUCAUUGCUUCGACCUGUUCAAGGUUUGUCAAUGCCACCUUCAGUGCAGCCUCCAUCAGCUCAACAACCACUUCAGUAUCCAACCAUGAAUUCAUCUCUACCCACUGGAGCUUCCAACAUCUCAGCUUCACAAUCCAUGGAGUUCCCCCCUCCGUUGCUUCAGCCCAUUGUUAGCAGCACUUUGUCUAUGCAAUACAACGUGCAUCCUGAUCAGUCUCCUGUGCUAUCUGCGGAAUCCUCAACUAAUAGGAUGCCUUCUAUGGUUCCUGCUCAAGUUGCACCAGUUGUACCCCAGAGUACUAAGUCGCCCUUGUUGCCACCUGUGUUAUCUAAUGUAUUGGAUAAAAGCACUGUUGGACCUUUGAUCCCUAACCAGGCGAAACCGAUUUCUACUACUUCUAUGCCCUUCAACAGCUUUUCUGAAUCCCUGUCUGCUGCUGGGAGAAAGUCCACUUCACCUGCACUGGUGACUCCAGGUCAAUUUUUACAGCCUGGACCCACCGUUUCCCAAACUGCACAAACAGAGCAGAAAGACGUUGAAGUGGUUCAGGUUUCUCCAUUAGUGUCCCCGCCGCAACCAUCGACAACUUCAGCAACAACUGCAGCGAUUGUUCCAGGAUCAGCAGAAGCGCAGGCACCGCUUUUGCCGCUUCCCUCACCUUCAAAUUCGAAGAUAAACGAGUUUCCUUCUCAAACUCGUUAUGUCAAUGUCAAUCGGGGUGGCCGUGGAGGAAGAAGAGGAGGAAAUGAGUUUUCUCGUCCUGUGGCCAACUUCACCGAAGACUUUGAUUUUGAGGCAAUGAAUGAGAAAUUCAAGAAAGAUGAGGUAUGGGGGCAUCUGGGUAAGAAUAAAGCCAAGGCUGACGAUGGGUUAGAAUAUCAAGAUGAAUAUGAUGAUGAUGUGUCAGAAAUUGAUUCUAAGCCUGUUUAUAAAAAGGACGAUUUCUUUGAUACCUUGUCUUGCAAUGCACUUGACCGUGAAUCUCGCAAUGGAAGAACUCGGUUUUCUGAACAAAUGAGGCUAGAUACAGAGACAUUUGGCAAUUUCCCAAGAAACAGGGGAUUUCGAGGUGGUAGAGGACCUGGGGGUGGACGGUCACGAGGUGGUUAUUACGGGAGGGGUUAUGGCUAUGGCUAUGUUGGAAGGGGGCGGGGGCAUAAUAACGUGUACCGUGCCAUAUAGUUGGCACACUGGCAAUACCCUAGCAAUAUAAAGCUAGGUUUGCUGGCCUCCUUUCUAGCCUUGGUGGUUUGGCUUGUUUAUAGAGAAGACCCCAAGACCAAGAUUUAGAGGUCUGGCGGUAGGUAGUAACUAGGUAAAGCCUUAAUAUCCUUUUCUGGCAGAUUGGAGAGUCUUGCCCAGAUCAGUUUGCUGUGAGCUUGACAUUCCCCUCACAUUGGAAGCACAACAUCAUUAUCUCUUGCAUCUUUAGUGUAAUGAGCUGAGUAAUUAGUGGGUACAUAUCGCUCACACCCUUCUGUAUUCGCUUAGGUUGAGGUAAGAUUCUGUUUAGCUACUGGCAUAUGUUGGCGGUGGCUUCAGCAGCAGAUGAUAUUAGUAUCUGCAACAUUAGAAUAAAGCUAAGUUUUAUGGGUUUAUGCUGGCAAUGAAUUAUGUUCCUUUGCAAUUAUUAGUCGUCUUUGACAUGUACUUGGGAGUAAAUGUGUUUAUUGAACUAGAUCUGGAGGACGAUAGUCCAGGAGCAAUUUGACGACCAUUGCUUUGGUAUUA